AUGAACGUGGCCAAAUUUUGUGAUCCCUUGGUUGAACCAACUCAAAGUCGGAGGAAGAAAGAUCCAAGCAUACUCGACGAAUUCUUUGGAGUGUAUUGUUUGAUCAGUAGAAGUAUGAAUAGAGCGUAUAAAGUAAAUUGGAAAUUCAGUAGUUACCUCUCUUUAGAACAGAUGCUAUGUUGGGUAUACGGUAGAUCCGAAUAGAAGAGAAAGGCAACAUAAUGCCGGUAAGGAUUUUGGAGGGGCCAAGAAGACGGACAACAGAGGCCCAUGGUGAGUGGAUAAUAAUAUUUGAUUGCAGUUUUAUGUAGCCUAAGUUACUGACGACUUUCAGGGAUAUGGUCUGUAUUGUUCAUGGAUUUCCAAACUCAGUAUCGGCAUUACGGUUCGAAUGGGCAUGGCAGAAUCCCUUAGAAUCCAAGAGAAUCCGUGAUCUUCUGAUAACAAAGGCCGGACGGAAGGAGUCCCCAUUCGAAUAUCAUCUUAGGAUCGUAUGUCAUAUGUUGAAUGUGGAUCCUUGGAAAAGAUUGAGCCUUACCUUCAGAUGGUAGGUGAAGUUUUCUUUUAAUUUAAUUUUAAGGCUUGUCGACGAAGAAAAACGACCAUUCCCGAUCCCAAUUCCGCCUCAUAUGACUGUAGAGCAUGGAAAAGUCACCAAAACACAUUCAUUAAUACCUCAAGAGCUCAAGGAGUACGUGAUGCCCGGCACUUGUUUAAUAUGCAAACAUACUGUACAUAAAGUAAGCAUUCCGGUAUUAAAUUUAAUAUUUCUUAAUUCAGAUUUCUGAUCUCCUCCAAUGUCUAACAGAUUCAUGUAGAUCCUCGUAUCAUACUCGAUGUCUGGCGGAACAUGGACUCAGUGCAGAUGAAUUGAAUAUAACUCUAUUCCCUCUUAAAGUGAAAUGCAUUCAAUGCAAAUCUGAGCAUCGAUGGGGAGAUCUCGUUCGACGACAACGAUGUUUUCUGGCAAUGGAUAACGUUAAACCAGUGAUCGACGGGUUCAAAGUCGCACAAGGAAUGAUUCCCAAAUUUGUUAGAAAGAGCGACUAA